AAAAAAUUUGAAAUUUGACAUGAAAUCAAUUACUUAAAUAUAAAUUCAAGGGGGGAGGCGAUCGCCCCUUCGCCUCCACCACUAAAAUAUGCUCAUGCUAAAACGACAAAUGAAACAAUAUUACGCAAAUGAUUCACGAUCGUAAUGCUUUCUUAUGGGUAAACAGAUAGACGAAGUGAAAAUCUGUACCGGCACUUCAACGAUCCACGACCGGCUGAUGACGACCAUCAUAGCGCAAUCGGACAAUAGAAAUCAUGAAACUGCAUCGACGAUGGAGGUCGCUGUUGUCGAUAUUGAUGAAAGACAGCAGAACUGUGGCGACGCGUACUUACUUCAGUUCCCGACGCAGGCACAAGUCUUCGAUCAACAGGACGAACAGGCCAUUAUGACAUUAGCCAUUGAAAAUUUCAACCGUACAUCAAUGUUUCCGGGAACGCCAACGGAAGCCAUUGUGGACCCGAAUACCGUGCGACCCGAGAUGAUUGACAUCGUUAAGAACGAUAAAAAUCUCAGCGCUAUGGUGGCUACGACACACGAGUUCCGAAGGAACAUGAGAAGACUACCCCAUGCCAUGCGAGCCCGGAUAGACGAAGAGCUAAAUCAGGUGUUUGAUAACUGCUUUAAUCCCGAGUAUCGACCAAUAUUCCUGUCCCUAGAAGAGGAACGGAUAGUUUCCUACGAAAGGAUCAAGCUGUUGGUCUCAGACCGUAUGAGACCAUAUUUUGAGUACGGGCCAAUCAUCAAAUCCUCCGAAUUUGAGAUUCUCGUCCGACUCAUAUCGAGGACCAUGAUGGAAAGCGCCAGCGAUCCGACUGAAAGCACGAUAAACCAAACCAUAGACGGUUUUUUCACCGGUCAGCCGUACAAAACUGUUAAUCAGUUCAUAGCUACUAACCGUUAUUUUUUCCAAUCGGAUCGGCCGUUAUAACGGUUCAAACCAAAUGACGUCUCG